GAACCAACAUCGAGAUAUAAGUACGUUCUCUUAUGGCCGCAAUGCUACGUUGUUAAGGUUGCGGCGUAGGUAAAGCGCUAUUGAUUUGAGAAAGCGGAAGUCAUAUGGAUCCUUAUCGAGGACGGCCUCCAAAGCACGCCUAGCGAUAACUACCUAGGUAAUGUAUCAAUACAGAAACGAGAACCCCGCAUCGAUAGAAACGUUCACUCUCACCUUGAUUCUACCUUUUCACCAAUUUUUCCAUCACAGCAACGAUAGGCAGUAUGGAGAACCUCUCGCUACAGGACAAUGUGGAUCAAGAGCGCCGAACUAGGAUUGAGUCCGCACUCCAACAGUACCGCGAGACAGUAUCACAGCACAACGUCACCUUAAUCCGCGCUUAUGUUCGAGCUGUAGCAGCGCAACCUGUUCCAGGGAAUUGGUCAGAAGAUACAGCCCAAACAAUGCGCAUGCGAGAAUGCAGUCGUGCACUGCGAAUCCAGUUUCCCGAGUCCGUCUCUCCACAACAAUUGCUUGACGACGACAACGUGAUCGCUGAGCUUGUGCGAACCAAAUACCUAGAAGGCGUCUCGUCCUAUCCCGUCAACCUAGAACAGCGAGAGGAAUAUUUCGCGAAAGUCGGCACCCGCGUCCGAGAAAUCAUUGAUGUAGCGGAGUUUCCUCCAGCGGAUCUGGCCUACCUUUGUACAUUGGUGAGCGGUAUUACGGGUCCCGGACUUUCCUACCACCAUGAUGCGCAGGUAUUCGAUUUUAUUUCGCCGAUCAAGCAUGCUCAGAUGGUGGAUGAAAUGGCACAAGCCGUCAUCGUGCCCAUCCGGUACGAUUACUCAGGCAGCGCUGAUCAAACAACGGAUCAGUUGACGUUCGUAUGGGAGGAAUGGAACAUUGCGGUUGCGUUCCAGAUUGGCAGUGGUCCACAGACUGGUGGAUCUUUUGCGUUGUAUUGCCGUCGUGUAGAGGCAAAUGAUGAACCGUUCAAGUGGAGGUACGGCAUUCACGUCGAUCACUGGGGGAGCGAGGUCUACGAUAGUGUCGAGGAGUUUCUGGGCUUUUACGGUCACUUCAAAGAACAGACCGAGCAAGACAUUGUACGUGAUAUGAGACCUGUGACGGGAAGUGGUAGGGGUGGAAGAGGAACAGGUGGACGAGGAGCAGGAGGAAUGUGAUAAGGAGCUGUCAAUUGCCAUUCAUCUGACGAUUCUGCAAUUCUGCUGCUUUAUACUAUAACAUUCCUGUCACGUACUCUGCCAAACUAUAUAGGCUUGCCAGUCCAGCUGCACGAGAUGAAUGCAGCAUCUUUAUCUCGAGUAGGUAGUAUGAAACAAGGUGGCACAAUACAAAGAAUCCACCUCCCGUCAUUGGAGAACGUAUCGACAGUUUUCCGGGGAGUCGAUGGCGAGCAAGUCCGUCUAGUACACAGACA